AUGGAUUCUAAGAAGACACCAAACCGCUAUCAUCUUGCCUGCAAGUUUUGCCUGAAGGUUACAGGCACCUUGCCUAAUCAUCUGAGGAGAGCCUGCAUGAAACAUGCAGAUAACCAAGAAAUUGAAUUUGUGAUGCAAGAAGCAAGAGGAAAGAUGAGAGCAAUCCUGGAAGGGCUAAGUAUUGUUAAUUAUGAAGACCUGGACUAUGAGGAUUCUGAUCCUAAACAAUUUUUUGUCCAGUUCCUGGAGAAAAAUGGCUGCUAUAUCAGAGGGAAGCUAGAGUCAGCAAGCUGUGCCAUGAAAGAGAGCAUCCUUCCAUCAAAUAUGGACAGAAACAAGGUGAACGUCAAUUGGCCAGCAGAUGAAGUAGGGGAGACACAGGCCCCUUGUAAAGAUCUGGACCUGUCACAUAAGAUGAUAAGCCCCAGCCCCUUGAAUGCUGAAAAUGGGCAGAAACAGCAACCUACACUUCAGUCACUUCAGGAGAGCAUUGACUUCCUAAUGUCACAAUUGGCCAAAAAGCAUGAGAAGGUAAACUCCAGACCCUUGAAUGCUGAAGCAGUGCAGAAAAAGCGACCUGUUGUACAACAGGGCCUACCCAUCGAGUCAGAUGAGGAGGACUAUGUAAGCCUUGUGAAUGAACAAGAGGUGGAGAUGCAGGGACCUGAGCUUGACCUCCCCAUCGAGUCAGAUGAGGAGAACUUCAUAAGCCCUGUGAAUGAACAAGAGGUGGAGAUGCAGGGACCUGAGCUUGACCUCCCUGUUGAGUCAGAGGAGAACAAUGCAGACCCCUUGCUUGAUGACAACGAUGAUGAUGAUUAUGAUGAUGACGACAAGGAAAAUGAAGAGAUGGAGACACACAAUCUUGUUGAAGGGCUGGAACAGACCGAGACCAAUUCAAACUACAUUCUGCUUAGAAGAAGAAUGAUGGCUGCAGGCAUGUAUAGAAAACACUCUCUUGAAUGUGGUGUUCUUGCUCGCUUCCGAAAAUAUCUGCAGCAAGAAUUACAAGUAACAAGAUGGUCACAAGAGGUGGCAAAUGUGGCCAGGUUUUUGUAUUUUGUGGACCCCUCCAAGGCGUCCUUAAGCUUCCUGACCGACACACAGAAGACGUUGGAUUUUUUUACGGCACUUGAGAAAUUGGGAAACACUCACGCCACAAUGUUUUCGUACCUCAAACAUAUCAAGAGGUUUGUGAGAUCCCAAACAGACACUUUGUCCAGCGGAUCCCAUCAAAGUGAAGACCUUGCCGGAAAAUGCAAACGCUAUCUCGACAUGACCGCAACUCUACAGCGAAGGCUGAGCAAGGGAAUUACGGCCAGAGUUGUGGGGAAAAAGUUUGACUAUCUGACGUCUGCAAAAAAGGACCCAUCAGAGUGUCAACGGAUCCUCGUAGUGGCCAGACCAAUAUUUGACCAGAUAAUAAAGAAGGCCAAGAUGGGUGUAUGUCUUUUGGAGAAGGAAAAGUCUUAUGUCAUCUAUUACUUGGAGGCACUCAUUGUUUUAAAAUACCUCCAGCGACCAGGGGUUGUUCAAAAUAUGACUGUAGAAGAAUGGUGCAAGAGGAUGCCAUCUGAUUGCAAAACCCGUAUGGUCAUUGGUGUAAAAAGGCAUAAGACAUCCACUCAGCAAGUCGCCUCUAUACUGCUAGAAGAAGAAGAAGAAGAGUGGUUUGAUGUUUAUUAUAAAAAAAUACGGCCAUCAUUUAUCAGGAGUGGGAAAUGCCCACAGACAUUUUUCAUAUCGUCAACAGGGGAACCAAUUCACAGUGUGACAAAUGACAUCGCCCGGCUUCAUCAUAAGUUUAAAUUGCGCCCUGUCACAAGUCAAGAGGCUAGAAGGACAAUGGAGACAUACAUGGUCUCCCACUUUCAAACUGAUGCUCAGAGGAACAUGUUUGCCAGGUUGCUUGGCCAUUCAAAUGUGACUGCCGGAAGGAUAUAUGGCGAGAAGACCGUUGACAAUAUGGUAGAAGCGGCAGAAAUGAUGAAGAGGGCGAUGCAUGAAUCCCAGCCAUCAACAUCAAGGUGUCAAGAGGUGCCACAGAAGCCCCUGCAAGAAGAAACACCAGAAGUCUCCCGUGGGUUGAGGGAGGAAGCCUUUGAAAAAUUUAAAAAGUGCCACCCACUUACUAUUGAUGCCACGCCUCCUUGCUUAAAGGCAGCACUAGGCUUUUCCCGUGAGUACGGCCAGUACGUUUAUGACCGUUGGAGAAAACAGCAAAAUAAGAUGAGAGUGGAUUAUGUUGCUGGACUUCUCAAAUAUGAGAAUCCACAUGAAGAAAGAUGUAUCCAAGGCACUGGAUGGAAGACCAACUUGCCACUGAUAAGGGAUAUUUUGGAAACCUGUAACCCUCGGUCUAAAAAGAAGCACAACUUGGAUAUCAGAAUGGCCAUAAAUUCAUCCAGAAUAAGAUAA